AUGUUCAAAAACGAUGGUGAUCUGGAACAGAAUCUGCCGGGCGCGGUAAUGCUACGUACAGCGGAACAUGGUACAAUGGGUGAAGACAUCGAGCAGCAAGCGACCACUUCUUUUUCAAGUAUAAUGAAAUCGCUAUUUCGGAGAAAUCCUGGUGCCACGACGAUUUCGGAGCAAGAUGCGGCAGUUCAGAAGGUGCUUCAGACGAACCCUGAGGUUCGGAAGAACGUCGAAAAACUGCAGAGUAACGCUGCGCUGAUGGAAUCUCUGAAACAACACCCAGUUGCCAUCAAAUUCAGAGCUGCUUCGAAGAAUAAACCAGUCGUGCUUACUCCGAAGAAUAUUGAAAAUGUUGGACGAGCCGUGGCGAAGAGCUUUUUUAGAAUCCCACGCGUGAGUUCAAAUGUUCUAACGGCUAUUUUCUUCAUAUUCGGGGUUACGAUCGUGGCACCAACUCUAACCAUGUACUUGGCCGAAUCAUUAAAUGUAAUGCAAAUUGGUUUUCUUUCGACUGCAAGUUGCAUUCUGAUCGUUAUUACUUACGUAAUUCCUAUGAAUCUUGGCGACAAUGGCGCUCUUGAGAUCUCAUCCGUGUCGUGA